GUGGCAGUGACCGUUCAACGCCUGAAGCCACUCAGUGUGGAGUCGGAGCGGACGUUAAGGCCGAGCCGUUGGUCGUUACCACAGCGACAAGCGAAAGGGUGGACACACGGUCCCGCAUGCGGUGACUUGUGUGAAACCGUGGAGUCGUCAGUGCCAUCAGCCGCUGCUCGUUUUCAAUAACAUUUGGGAGGAAAGCGGAGAGCGGUAGGACCGUUCUGAUUUAACAUUAGAAAAUGGUUACAUGUCCCACAAAUGUAAUACUCAAAUGGCUUGAACAUCUGAAUAGUUCCUGGGCCUUGGAAGACAGUGAAUCUGCAGCAACAAGGGAAGGUGCCUCUGCAUUAUAUGAAAAGCUACUCCAUAACAAAGAAGUGGUAGGGAUUUCUCAGCAGGCCCAACAUCUGAUUGGUCCUCGGUUGCCAGAUUUUGAACAUGAGUCCUCAGCUGUGGAAGAACGUGAGCAGUAUCUCUCCGCACUGCUCAGCAGCCAGCAGAAUUUGGCCAGAACAGUCUUUGGAAAUUCACCUUUUGCUGUUGCCUUACACAUGCGACUAUUGUCACUUCAGAGAAUAUUCCACGCACUUUCUAACAAAUAUCACGAUCGGUUCAGACCGGGGCAUCAAGUACAAAGGCAGAGUUCUGACAGUAGAUUAGAUUUGGGAGAUGCAUUGGCCAGGAAUACGAGAAUAAAAUCGGGUACUGAUGUUCUGAUUGAGAUGGGAGUGAAGACUGGCUUAAGUCUACUCUUUGCACUAAUUCAACAAAACUGGCAACAAUCAAGGCUAGAUCCAAGCUUGAGCCUGUGCAAUGAUGUUUUGUGCACAGCAUGCACAGUUAUCAAUUCUCUACCUCCACUUUCUCUAGCAAAUGAAAAUAAAAUCCCUCAAGUUGGUUUGGAUUGCCUCGCACAAGUGACUACAUUUUUAAAGAAGAUGACCAUGCCCAGUUCUGGAGCUGACAUUCAAGGGCGAAGAUUGGCUUCAGAGCUACUAUUGGGUCUUGCAGUGCAGCGUGGGUCUUUGAAGUUCCUACUUGAAUGGAUUGAAGUAGCAUUAGCUGCUUCUGCAGCUGCUGCUAAUGUACCUUUUGCACCAGAGAAAGAAGGAAUGAUUGGAUAUGAUUGUUUCUUGAAAUCAUUGGAGCAACUGAAACAUUCUUCAAAUACGUGUGUAGAUAAUCUACAGAACCAAGAGCUUAAGAAGACUCCAGAUGGGCUGUGUUCUCUUUCUAAUGCAGCAAUUUGUCUUUGUGAAGAGAUUUGCAGGUUAGCCUUAGACUGCCUAUGCAGCACCAGCUCUCAGAACUCGCAAAGCCGAGACAGUGAAACAAGUACAGUGUAUGUUUGGGGUAGUAACAGUAGUCAUCAGUUGGCAGAAGGUACACUGGAGAAAAUUUUACAACCCAAAUUAGCACAUGGAUUUGCUAAUGCCCAGACGAUUGAGGCUGGACAGUACUGCACAUUUGCAAUUUCAGAAGAUGGCUCUGUAAAGGCUUGUGGAAAAGGUAGCUAUGGUAGACUUGGACUAGGUGACUCUAACAAUCAGUCAGCACCAAAAAAGCUCACUUUUGAACCUCAUCGCAGCGUCCGUAAAAUUUCAUCCUCAAAAGGUUCAGAUGGACACACGUUAGCAGUAACUACAGAAGGAGAGAUAUUCAGCUGGGGAGAUGGCGACUAUGGGAAGCUCGGACAUGGAAAUAGCGCAACACAGAAAUAUCCCAAACUGAUCCAAGGACCAUUAUUAGGAAAGAUUGUGGUCUCUGUGUCAGCGGGAUAUAGACAUAGUGCAUCAGUUACAUCUGAUGGAGAGCUUUAUACUUGGGGAGAGGGAGACUUUGGUAGACUUGGACACAGCGACAGCCAUAGUCGUAAUUUACCAACUCUUGUGAAAGAUAUCAGUAGUGUUGGCCAAGUAGCUUGUGGCAGCUCCCAUACUAUUGCUGUGUCUCAGGAUGGACGAACAGUGUGGUCAUUCGGAGGGGGAGACAAUGGUAAACUUGGUCAUGGGGAAACUAACCGAGUGUACAGACCAAAGGUAAUUGAAUGUUUACAAGGACUGUAUGUUAGGAAGGUGUGUGCUGGGAGCCAGUCUUCACUUGCAUUGACUUCUGCUGGACAGGUGUUUGCUUGGGGCUGUGGCUCUUGCCUGGGAAGUGGUUCUUCAGAAACUACAGCUCUUAGACCACGACUAGUUGAGGAGCUGAAUUCAACCAAAAUCAUUGAUAUUUCUUGUGGUGAUAGUCAUUGCUUGGCUCUAACACAUGAUAAUGAAGUUUAUGCUUGGGGCAAUAAUGCAAUGGGCCAGUGUGGACAGGGACACACAUCGACUCCAAUUGCCACACCAAAGAAAGUAAUUGGUUUGGAGGGAAUACCUGUACAGCAAAUCACUGCAGGAACUUCCCACAGCCUGGCUUGGACAGCUGCACCAACUGAUAGGCAGUUGGUAGCCUGGCACAGGCCUUUCUGUGUUGAUCUGGUAGAAAGUACAUUUAGUUAUUUGAGAACAUUUUUGGAUAGGUACUGCGAUGGCAUUAACAGUGAGGUACCUCCCCAGCCUUUCUUCUCUCAAAGGGAACACCAUCACUUUGUGUUUCUUUGUUUGAAGUUACUUUCCACUCACCUGUCCCUGGCUCAAGCUGGAGGAACUGGAGCUGCUGUCCUCGGACAACAGGGUAGACCACUAAGGAACUUACUUUUUCGGCUAAUAGAUUCAGAUGUUCCAAAUUCUAUUGAAGAGGCAGUCAACGAAACACUUUCAGUUGGUGCAUCCUUACUGUUGCCUCCACUCAGGGAACGUACUGAACUUUUACAUAAUCUACUACCUCAAGGUCCAGAGAGAUGGGAAAGCUUAUCAAAAGGACAAAGAAUGCAGUUGGAUAUCAUACUGACCAGCCUACAAGAUCAGUCCCACAUCGCAUCGUUGCUAGGUUACAGCUCACCUGCUGACAUAUCGGAAGGUUUCUCACAGAGUUACUCUUCUGAUCAGGACUCUUCCAAGUCGGGGAAUAUUGACCACUUACACUUAGCAGAAAUCCUUUUGAAAACUCUUUUGAGGAACAUCGGUUUCUACACGGAGCGAGCUUUUGGUGAGCUGGAGAAGAACAGUGAUAAACAACAAACUAAUACAACGCAUACAGAAAGUGAACCGCCUUCCCAUGUCCAUCAGCUGCUCUCUGCAUUGCAUAAACAUUUGCUGGCUCACUGUUACUCGAAUUCUACUGCUAAGGAUCACUUAAGUGUAGAUUUGCUGCAUAAACAUGUACAGUUGCUGCUGCUAUAUGCAUCCGAUACCUACAGGCGAUCUGCUGUUCUUCUGAAAGAAAGCUUGCUGGAUAAAAGUGUCACAGAAAAAUUGCAUGGUAUUCUUUUUAACUCUGCAGCUGGAAGCAUUUUGUGUCAAGUGAUCUACUCUCUUCUGUUGCUACCUGUUAGCAUUGUACGACCUUUGCUGGGCAAUCUUUUAGAUCUGCUUCAACCUCUUGAUCAUCUAAAUCGGCUUCUACCAGCAGCUAUGAUACUGGAGGAGCAGGAACUUGAAUGGGCAAUCCAUGAAUCUGGAAACAGUUCGGAACAAUCCAUUCUGCCCGAUGUUAAAUCCUGGAUUUGGUUAAUUGAUAUGGAACGAACCAUUUCCUUUACUGUUGGACAAUGUCUUGGAGAAAUGCUGCAAGGUCCUAUCCGUUCAGUAGAAGAAGUGAACUCAGCGUACUGGCUGCAAAGUCAGCUCCUCAGCAACGGCCUUGAAAUUGACUCUGAACAACUUGAUUUACUAAUGAAUUGUCUUACUGGAAAGGCAUUGGCUGGCUCUAUGGAACGGAAGUCUUUUGAGUUCCGAGUUUCUGAAGACACUGCAGCGCUUAUAGACGUUGCACUGGGUACUUCAAUUGAGCCAGGGUAUAAAAUCUGGAGCAGAAUGCAGGCCUACGCCAACAGCAGUGAAUGGGAGCAUUGUACGAGUGGAGACCAUUUAUUGGACACAGUGUCCCGAUUUGUCCUUGCCGUAUUACUCAAGCACACCGGAUUAUUUCAAGAGGCCUGCAAAGAUGACUGGUGCCAACCCAGUGAGAGACUAGUGGAAGUAUAUCAAUGUGUCUACAAGGUUAGAAGUACACUCUUGGCUCAAAAGAAUGUUGUCUAUAAUACUGCAAAUGUGCAGCUGCCUGCUUGGCCCAGACAGCUUUCAGAUCUCCCAGAUAAUGUUGCAGAUGAACCACGAGAAAGUUGUAGCACUUCUGCUGAGCAAACUGAGAAUGUUAGACAAUCAGAAGAAUCACAGUACAAUAUGGAAAGAGAGAUUGUACUACUGGACACAGAGGAUUUCCCAAAGAUAAGCAAGGUUUUGGAGUGUUUCCUAGCUCGAAAGGCUGCAUGUCACCAUGAAAAUGAAACUGUAUAUGAAUACUCAGGCACAAGUAGCCGGCCUAACAGCACAGGGAGCACGGAAGUUCCAGAAACUGAAAUUACUCUGAAAGAAAAAAGAAAGGAUUCAGAAGAGCAGUAUUCCUUUAUCUCCAUGUGCCACUAUGUAAUUCUGCGCUGUGCCUUCCUCAUUCUUGGAGUAAAGGCAGUGUGGCAGGGGAAAGGAUGGCAAGAAGAUCCAACAUUAGUUAAAACUAGGAAAGGAACUUCUCCACAAGAGGAACAGUCAUUUCGGGCUAGACUCAGACAGAAUCAAAGUGACUCUGAUGCAAAGAAGCAAGUGAGUGAAGAAUUUUCUGAAUGUCAGUCAAGAAUGCAGUCAAGAUCUUCUGAUCACACAUUAGGAGUGCCAUUGUGUUCACUGGGCAUUAUGAAAGAUGCAUGGCAGCUGCUACGACAGUGUAUUAGCCCACCAGAGAAUUCCCAGGCUACUACAUUUGCACCUUUGCUGAAUGAUAUCUUUCAAUUUCUCUGUGGACAUCUUACUCGGACUUCAAACCUGGUAGAACAAGAAGCGGGCGAGGAAUCUGACCCUAAGGCAAUUAUCACGGCAAUGAGUCACCAGCAACAAAGAGCAGAGCUCCGUCUUGAAGCCCUUUGCCAAAUUUCAUCCUUCCUUUCUGAAAUGGAGGGUAAAAGUGGCACUUCAUUGGAUAGUUCAGGACUGUCAGCAAAGUCUACAGGUCUUCUGCUGACAGUACAGUUGCAGUUUUUAACUGGCUGCUUUGACCUGGGAACAGCAAACACAACAAACAUCAAACGGAAUUGUGGAAAACUCCAGCAUUAUACGGAUGUAACACAGGCCGCCCAUGGAAGUACACAGAUGGAGCUCCAGUCCGCAGCACAUAAACUUUACCAGCAUUUGGUUUCAUCUCUGAAACAGGGACUUGCAACUGGAAAGGAAUUCUCAGGAGCACAGCAGCAUCUUCUGUUGGCCACCAUGUUUGCCUUAAACAUCCGAUACCAGCCUGCGGAUUUAUCAGUGGUCAUUAACAGCGGACUUCUAGAAGCUCUUUCAAAACUGACAAACUCGUGCCUUCUAGUGAACCAGCGUUGGCUGAUGGCAUCAGUGUCCGGCCAUUCCCAUCUAAAUGUUGCAUUAAAACUGGCUGGUGCUCGACUUCUGCAGAUUUUAGCUAUCACUGCUAGUUCCUAUGCAGACAACUUGUGCCCUGAGGUGGUUCAAGCGCCAAUGGAUGUAUUGUGCUGCCAGUUGCAAAAUUUCUUGCAUGCAAUGUGUGGAAAUUCAGCAUGCAAAUUAGCUGAAGAGGAAUGUACAGAGCAACAUAACUGUGGAUCCAGCAUCAGAUCAGAAAGUAAAGAUUAUGGCAAAAGCAGACGAAUUAUAGAAACCCAGUUGGGAGACUUUCUUGUUUUUUUGCGUCGUGUUAUCUCCUUCAAAAAUGUACAGAGCAAUAUUGUUUCUGUGAAAUGGAUUGAUCCACUUUUAUUGAUAGCUACACGGAUGCACGAAACAGGUGUUCCAUUUGUACGCAACUUACGUACCAAGCUGCUAGCAUUACAUAUUUUAGAGUCCCUGCUGCCUGCCUGCUUUGAACCGAACCAAAUUAAAGAGACCUUGGAGGGGCUCUUCAGUUCUCUUUCUGCUUGUAUGUGGGAAAUGCCACUUGCUUUAAGCAAAAAGGAAAAAGAAGUGGAUAAAGCAAAUGAGAUAGAGGAUAAAGAGGAUGACAAUAUACCCAUUAAAGAGUUUUCAUUUGAUCCAGAUAAAAUGGUUUGCUGUGUUAUGGAGUCUGGAAAUGUUUUAUCUCAUGGUGCAGGGGGCAAAGGAUAUGGCUUAGCAACAACAGCCAUAACAUCUGGCUGCUUUCAGUGGAAGUUUUACAUAACCAGAGAGAAUAAAGGUAAUGAGGGUACAUGUGUUGGAGUAUCACGGUGGCCCAUCAGAGAUUUCAACCAUCGUACAACAUCAGAUAUGUGGCUUUACAGAGCUUACAGUGGAAAUCUCUACCAUAGUGGGGAGCAAGGCUGUAUCCUACCCAGUUAUACACAGGGAGAUUGUAUAACCUGUGUCCUGGAUGUGGAAGCAAGAACAAUUUCAUUUGGAAAGAAUGGUGAGGAACCAAAAUUAGUCUUUGAAGAUGUUGAUGCAACUGAGCUGUAUCCUUGUGUGAUGUUUUACAGUAGCAACCCUGGAGAAAAGGUGGCACUUUGUGACAUGCAGAUGCGUGGAAUUUCUCGAGACCUCCUGCCUGGUGAACCAUUUUGUAGUCCUCUUAUGACUGUACUGGCAGAAGCAACUGUGCAGUUGAUCCGAAAACUCCAUAGCCAUGACACCUGGAUGUCUGCAAUUAACCACCACAUGCUUUGUAGACUCGAGCUAAUUAGUUCGAUAAUGAAAGAAGCAAAAGUUUUGAAGCUGAAUAAAACUCGAAGUAAAUAUUCUGUAAAGAAAAAUACCAGUGAAGAUAAAGAAAUAAAAGGACAAGAGGAAAAGUUAUUCAAGGGUGAAGAUAAGGCCCAAGGCAUCACAGACUUGGCUGAACUACAGCUAAGAAUGCUAUGUAGAGAGGUAUGGCCUGUUCUGGCAGUUGUUGGAGGAAUUGACUGCGGGCUCCGUGUUGGUGGCCAUUGUGUACAUAGGCCUUCAGGACGCAAAGCAAUCCUUUUAGGAGUUACGAAAGAAGGAGGCACUUCUGCAAGACUGCAGUGGGAAGAUGUGGAAAUCACCAUCAGCUUCCUGAAUUCUUGGUCUCCCAGUGACACACCACUCGCUACUCUGGAACCAUGCAAGCCUUAUCACUUUGAUAUCACAAGAUUUCAUGGUCUUAAACCUUCCAUGUUAUUGGACCUGACCUACUUGACAGGAGUCCAUGAAGAGCCUGAAAUAAGCAGCAAGGUGACACAAAAUAAAGAAUCCCCUGAGAAAGUUGUCAAGACUGAACUAGAAAAAAAGCUGGAUGAUGAAAUUGCAAAGUUUAUGGCAGAUGAUGACCAUAAAGACCCCUCUAACUUACAAAACCGGGAAUCUUCAAAUGUAUUCACUAAAAACUUACUGGAUCAUAAUGAAGAAAAUGAGGCUCAAAAAGGAUGUGCUUUAAAAAUGGAUGCUGACUUAAUUGAAAACUGUCAGAACUCAUGUGACAGGAGUGUACAAAGCCAUGAAUUAUUCCUAGCUGAAUUACGUGCUGUGCAACUUUCAUAUCUCUCCGUUGGGGCCAUGAAAACCCUUAGUGUCAUACUGAGUUAUGGAAAAUAUGCAGACUUACUCCUUGUUCCAAAUAUCACUGCAAACAGCCCUAGUAGUUCAGACUGUACCAAAUCUUCCUCCAGCUCCUUAGAGAAUGCUGAACUUAGAAUGGUCCUUCAUUACUUAAUGAGGUGCAUGGUGAAAUGGGCAGUGCGGCCAUGCCCAAUUAAACGAGUAAUUUCACUAGCUGAUCUAGAGCGUGCACAUGUCAUGAUCUUCAAGUGUGCAUUGGAUUCCCUGGUAGGAGAUUGUGGAACCAUGGAAAGUAAAGAUGCUUCAUUACCAGAAAAUGCAAGACUUCACUCUCAAGCAGCAUCAACUUCAUCUAGUACAGUUUCUCUUUAUAGUAACUCCUCUGAGGAAAGUACGGGCGUCCCCUUCUCAGUGCCAGCUUCAAAUUCUUCUUCGACUACUAAUUUGGGCUCUUUAGUGUCUGCUAAUGGACUAGAAAAUUUUAAUCCUUUCUUGCCUGUCAAUGUCUUACAACAAAUGGUUUUUGUACGAUUUCCUUCACUUUCUGGAUUGAUUAACAAUCCUUUAUUACUCCCUGGGUUGAAUGUGGUACCUACUAUCUCAGAUGAUGAUGGAGAGCAAAGAAAUUAUUUUUCAUUUCCUUCUGUCUCUACCAGGCAACAUAGCUCACCAGAUUGUAGAAGUGAUCCUCCUGAGCAUCCACCCCCUGUUGCUGUUCCCUUGCUAGAAAUGGGGUUUUCUUUGAGGCACAUUUGCAAAGCAGUUGAUGCUGCAGGUGUUUCUGGGGAUGCAGACCCACAAUCAAUUGAACAACUAGCCAGCUGGAUGUUAGAACAUCCACUAGCGGAGGAACAGGAAGUCAUUGUUUACUCUUCUGCAACUAUGGACAAUGAUUUAGAGACACCUGUAGAGCCUGAAGUUAUAAUGCACAAUCGAGCAACAACACUCAUGUCUCCUGAAGGUGUUGACAGGGAAGAUGCAAUUGAAGGAACAACUGAUGGUUUGGAUCAGAUAGAAAGAGGAAACUUUAUAGAUGUGCAUUUGACUAGAAAUAGGCCUCCACCUGCUCGAAGACGUAGAGCAAGUCAAGGACAGCGAUCUGCAUUCAGAGGAACUGGAUCUAGGUCUCCUCAGCUUGUACAGCCAUCAUUAAGAAGGGAACAUGGAACUGCAGGGUGGCAGGAGGCUGAUGCUAUGUCUGACCGCAAUCUGGAUGGAGAAUUGGAGCUCUGUUUUUCUGAGGAUCCAUUAUCUGAAGGUUCUGUUGAAGAUAUGUUUCCUUCUGAAUGUGGUACUGAAAAUGAAGCACAGGGCAUGUGGUUUUCUGAGAUGAUGGAUUGGCCUAACAUGUGCCAGGAUAGCUCGGAUGCAGAGGAGAUUGUUAUUUGUGAACUGUGUGAUACCCGUACAAUGCAGUUCAACAAUCACAUGAAGAGACAUCAUCCUGGUUGUGGAGAGAGUGCAGGUCACAUGGGAUAUCGGAGUAAUGGAGCCUAUGUUGAUGGUUGGUUUGGAGGAGAGUGUGGCACAGGGAGCCCAUACUACCUGAUGUGCAACAGUUGCCGUGCAAAAUACCUGGCUGAGAAACCAAGACUCAAGCCAGCCAAAUUAAGUCGCAAAACUAAAGGAUUAGCACCAGAUUUAAUAAACAAGCAUGAAAAUACACCUGAAGAAGACUGGGACAUGUUAGAUUCUGAAGGAAAUGAGCGGCUUACAGGACAGGAAGACUUUGCUUCAUUAGCUGGGCCGCUUGGGUUGAAUGACAGCAAAUUGAUUCCAGAUCCUGUCCAAUUUCCAGAACAGGAUCCUCUUGGAGCAUCAGUUGCCAAUGAUAAUACACAGGACUUGCUUUUAAAGAAAGGUUUAAAUAAGAUUGAUGAGAAAACAAGCUCCAGACUGACUUUGGGUGAACAAGCUGCGUCUCUCCGAGAUACCCAGGAAAGAGUGUUUGCUCUUCAGCGUAUUACAAUGGCUAUGCAAAUUCUUUUAGCACAUACCAUGGUUAUGAAAGCUUUAUCAUUGAUCUCUGUAAGUGGUUCCAUGUGCAGUCAGACAAGUGGCCUGGAAGCUCUUGGAUUAACUGACAUCCGUAUCUUGGUUCGAUUAAUGUGUCUUGCAGCUGCAGGAAGGGCUCAGCUGGCAAACAGUGGAACACAACAUUUAUACUCAAAUAAUCAGUUUGGAUCUUCAAAAGGAACAACAUGGAAUACAAGCUCCUGCUUGGUUUAUAUGAGUUCAGCUAUUGGCUGUCUAGUGGCAAACAAUCCUACUGCUUACAGGGUGUUAGUUGAUGUCUGUACUCAGGAUUUGAUUGCUGCUGCAACUGGGCUACAUAUAGGCAUGAUCCGUGAUGUGCAGCAGAAGAACAGGGUGCUUCACCUUUUCCACAGACCAGUAAAAGACAACAAACUUUCUGGCUCUCCCAACUUUCUGGUAACUCAAGCUUUGGUUGAGCUGCUCACAGAAAAAGGUUUCCGACAUCAGUCGAGCCGUGACAAAGAAGAGGCAGAACCCAAGGAUAUUGCACCAAAUACUUCCUCAUCUCCCUAUUAUUCAUCAUCACUUGUAGGACCCUUGGAACUGGCCAAUGCACUUGCAGCAUGUUGCCUGUCAGGAAGACUGAGUUCUGGACAUCGUCAGUGGGCUGCACAGCAUCUUGUACAGGCCUUGUCUACAUCAGAAAGGAGCAACCAGUUCAGACCUCAAACCUAUGCAGAUUUAGCAGGGGAUCUCCGGAAAUGUCCUACUGUUAAGCUGGAAGCACAUGAGAACCGGGUCGUAAGUUCUUCCUGGUCAAUUACAAAGGGUUUGCUAGCCACAAGUGCCCUGGAUGGAACCAUUCGCCUGUGGACUUUAACAAAAAACACAGUUGCUUUAACGCAAACCAUUUGCUUUAAAACUUGUGAGGACUCAGAUAAGAGGCCAUGUACACCAGCAGGUGAUGUCAAUUUGUCUCCUGUACACUGGAGUACAGGUGGUGGAUUCUUUGCAGCUUCGCAAGACAAAAUAAUCAACAUAUAUCUAGUGGAUGGAAACCAAAUCUAUGUGAAGAUUCAGCCUUCCUGGGUAACUGCUUUAACCUGGGCGGAUGUUCAAACACCGUUUUUAAGCAAAAACAAUAACAGACAAGCUGAGUUUCUAUUAGUGGGUCGACUGGAUGGAUCAAUUGGCUACAUUGAAGUUACAGAAACAUCUGUUUCUGACACCAUUGACCUAGUUCAUUGUCAGAGGAAAGAUGUUGCUGUUCAAUGCAUUGCCUGGUACAGUGAAGACAAACCAAUUGCAGUUGGAUACUCUGAUGGGAAAAUUUUGCUUACAACAAGAGAGCCACAUAAUCCAGAAGAGCCUGUGAUACUUGAUUCAUUUCAGGAAAGUGUAACGAGCCUGAAAUGGGAUCCAACUGGGCACCUGCUGCUUGCUGUUGCCAGAGAAGAGAUGGUGAAAAUCUGGGGGAGAGUAGGCCGUGCCUGGCUUGCAAUCCAAACGCUCUUCCACUCAGCAUUAGUCAAUACUUCAGCAUGGUGUCCACUUCCAGGAAAAGGUCUGGAUCCGAGACUAAUGCUCGCAGUAGGUUGUCAGAAUGGCUUAGUUUAUGUUUGGACAUUACCACAAGGUGGCACUGCUAUAACAUUACCAAACCUCUUGCAUUCUCCUGAUGUACAAGAAAGACGUGCUGAGGAGAAAUUUCAGUUCAGAAGUAGAUCCAAGUGUGUGUUUCGUCUCAACGCUCAUAUAACUGCGGUGAUAUUGGUAUCCUUCAAUUCUGAUGGUUUAACACUUUUGUCUGGAGGAAUUGGGGGUUUGAUAAAUAUCUGGUCUCUGCAGGAUGGUUCAGUUCUACAGACAGUGGUGACUGGUUUAGGGUCAGUAGUUGGCAUAGCCUGGAUUCCAGAUAUUGGAGUAACAGCUUGUUCCAGCAGAUCAAAGGAUGUCCUCUUAAUCAAAUGUUGCCCAGAGUGGAUCUCACAGAAUCAUAUCUUAGCAUCCUGUCGAAUGGCUCUCCGAACACAGGGUAUUGUUGGAUUGAAUAAGGCUCCUUGUAUGAAAGUGUUUAUCGAAAGAUUGCCUUUGCUGCUGCGUACACAAUAUGCAUAUGAAAAGUCACAUGUAGCCUGUGGAGAUCAACUGAUACACAGCACCUUCCUGCAAAGUUUGGCCUCCCUUACAGUAGGCCUAUGUUUGGACCAGUUUCUUACCAGAACAGCAGAUCCACCUCACCAUAAAAGCAGUACCCUGGAACCAGUUUCUUCAGAAUGGGGUUGGCUAGCAACUUUCUCUGCUACUAUUAAGACUGCUGAAGCUCUGGCAAAAGGAACUGCUUUCCCAGAAACAUUUAGUGUUCCAGAUCUCAGCCAGGAUUCAGGGUCAGAAGUCAUCAAAGCACUGGAGAACAAUAAGUGGAGUUGCUUAAUGGAUGAGCAGCUUAUGGCCUGGGCCACAUCUAAACCAGAGGACUGGCAGCUUGGUGGUAAAAGUGAUGUGUUCCUGUGGGGAGGUGGCCGCAAUGGACAACUGGCUGAUGCUGGAAAUAAUGCUAUAGUACCAACACUUGCUCCAUCGCUGACACAAGCUUUGCAGGUGGUUUGCGGGCAGAACUGUACCUUCCUCGUUCAGGCAAAUGGGACAGUUGUGGCUUUUGGGGAAGGUAGCUAUGGACGCUUGGGUCAAGGAAACUCUGAUGAUCUCCACACUCCUACCAUCAUUACAACAUUGCAGGGUUAUGUUGUGACCCGAUUAGCCACUUCAUGUGGAUCAGAUGGUCAUUCUAUGGCUCUAACUGAGAGCGGGGAAGUUUUUAGCUGGGGAGAUGGUGAUUAUGGAAAACUUGGGCAUGGAAACAGUGAAAGACAGCGCAGACCUAGACAAAUCGAGGCACUACAGGGAGAGGAUGUUGUGCAGCUCUCCUGUGGAUUUAAACAUUCGGCUGUGGUAACAGUUGAUGGAAAACUCUUCACAUUCGGGAGUGGAGAUUAUGGAAGGUUGGGUCUCAGGAGCACAUCUAACAAAAUGCUACCUGAAAAGGUUACUGCACUGGAGGAUUAUUCAAUAGGACAGGUGGCCUGUGGAUUGAAUCACACUCUUGUUGUCUCAUCGGAUGGAAUGAUAGUCUGGUCGUUCGGUGAUGGAGACUAUGGCAAACUGGGAUUAGGAGCUUGUACUGUUAAAUGCUGUCCCCAGAAAAUUGAAAGCCUUUGCAAUAAAGGAGUGAAGAAAGUAGCUUGUGGAACCCAGUUUUCUGUUGUACUGACAAAGGAUGGGCAUGUAUACACUUUUGGACAAGAGCGUCUUAUAGGUUUGCCGGAUUCAAUGCUGCGUAAUCAUAAUCGUCCACAGCAAGUUCCCGCACUGGAAGCAAUGUUUGUUGAAGAUAUUGCAGUGGGAUCAGAGCAUACACUUGCUUUGUGUUCUACAGGGGAUAUGUUCGCCUGGGGAUGCAAUGCUGAAGGCCAGCUUGGUCUAAGCCAUACCAACCAAGUAAAGGAGCCAACAUUGAUUGCUACACUUCAAGGGAAGAAUAUUCGUCAGAUUUCAGCGGGUCGAUGUCACAGUGCUGCAUGGACCACCCCGCCUCUUUCACCUUCAACUCCAGGUAGCACAAUUCCUGUUCAACUCGGUAUACCACAGAUGGUACCUCCGCAAUACAAUGUGCUUAAAGAGUGCAGCCCAGAAGUCCUUACAGAUAGGUUGCGUGUUCUAUUUCACUUCUCUGAUCUGAUGUACAAGUCUUGGCGACUGCUAAAUCUCAAUUCUAACCAUCAGACCAGUAUUUCACGGUAUAAUAUUGGAGCUUCAGCGAUAGCUCAAGGUCGGUUGAGAGGCCUCCUGUCUCCAAAAGUCAACAUUCUGCCACUAGUGCGAUCAAUAGGAAAAACUAUGAUUCAGGGAAAGACCUAUGGGCCUCAGAUCACGGUGAAGAGAAUUUCUGCAAGGGGGCGAUCAACCAAGCCUAUCUUCAUUCAGAUUGCCAAACAAGUUGUGCAGCUCAAUACCUCAGAAUUGAGGCUUCCAUCACGAGCUUGGAAAGUGAAGUUGAUUGGGGAAGGUGCUGAUGAUGCUGGUGGGGUAUUUGAUGACACAAUUACAGAAAUGUGCCAGGAAUUGGAAACUGGAGUGGUCGAUCUACUGAUUGCAACACCAAAUGGCACUGCCGAAGUUGGUAUCAAUAGAGACAGAUUCUUGCUUAACCCAUCAGCAUGUACUGCUGAGCAUCUCCAGCAGUUUAAGUUUUUGGGAAUCCUGAUGGCUGUGGCUAUUCGGACCAAGAAGCCGUUAGACCUACACCUAGCACCAUUUGUGUGGAAACAACUUUGUUCAAUCCCACUCACUUCUGAAGAUUUGGAGGAGGUUGACUUGCUUUACAUUCGGAACUUGUAUGGAAUCUUGAAUUUGGACAAUAGUGGGAUAACAGAGGAAAAUUUCCUUGAGAUGAUCCCUUUGGAUUCUUUUGUCGGCCAGAGUUCAAAUGGUAAGGUUGUUCCAAUAAUUCCUGGAGGAAGUAGUAUACCUUUGACUUUUGGAAACAGGAAGGAGUAUGUAGAGAGAGCAAUUGAAUAUAGAUUACAUGAACUGGAUCAACAGGUAGCAGCACUCAGACAGGGGAUGUCUGCCAUUGUCCCUGUACCUCUACUGUCUCUCCUUACAGAGAAACAACUUGAACAGCUUGUAUGUGGGAUGCCAGAAGUGAACGUAGAUACCUUAAAGAAAGUUGUACGUUACCGUGACAUUGUCGAAAACCAUCAACUACUGAGUUGGCUAUGGCAAACACUGCAAGAGUUUUCUAAUGAGGAGAGGGUGCUGUUUCUUCGUUUUGUCUCUGGUCGCUCCAGGCUGCCAGCCAACCCUGCAGACAUCACACAGAAGUUUCAGAUUAUUAAAGUGGACAGGCCAGUCGAUGGUCUUCCGACAGCCCAGACUUGUUUCUUCCAGCUUCGGCUGCCUCCUUACUCAAGCCAACAGGUGAUGGCAGAACGUUUACGCUAUGCCAUUCAGAAUUGCAGAUCAAUUGACAUGGACAACUACAUGCUCUCCAGGAACGCUGACACUGGAGAAGGUUCAGACAACGAAUACUAAGAGCUGCUAUUUCAAUGCAAUCAUAUCACCCUGAAAAUCAAUUUUUCAAUUAAAGGAACCUCAGGAGAAGAAAACAUGAACUAAGCAGCUUACAGAUAGCCGAACAUUUUUUUAAAUUGACCUUUUCUACUUUGCAGGAUACACACUUGCUACAUCACAAAAUUUUACACCAAAAAUGCACCAAUGUUACCUUUUAAAGAAAACUGUUUAGUUUGACUUUGUGCACUACUUAAAAUCAGGAAUUAACUAUAUCCUGUAAAAUUGUAAAAUUUUUUUUUGUAGAAAGCAUGUACAUGUGGUACAGUGACUAAGUACAGCACUUCGCCUAAUUGAAGCAUCUUGUGUACAGGACCAGGGUGAAUGAUUGCCAAACAGUAACCUGAUUAUGGAAACUUGACUAAGUAAAUCUGAUUCUUUGGUAUUAAAAUAAUUUUCCAUACCACACCGAACAAUAAAGGAUCUGGCAUGUGCUAACAACAUGCAUAGCAUUUUCUUCUGUGGCCAGUGCAUGUUCAUGUUUGGUACUGACUAACAAAACAAUAAUUAAAUAUUUGAUAGUAAAAAAAAUUGUAUCUUAGCACAUGAAUGUAAUCCAUUCUAUUGCUUAGAGCUAGUUCAGUGGGAACAAAAAGGAUUAUUUAUCCCUUGCAAUGAUUGAAUUGUUCAUUACAGAUCACAAAAAAUAUGCAGAUUUUAUUUGUUUUGCUAUAAUGAUUAUGAUGCAAAGUUAACUGAUACAAUACCAAGAAGGGAUUUACUAUUGCUUUAACUGCUUGUUAAGAGCAGUAUUUUUCAGGAGUUUUUUUAAAUCAAGGGUUGCUGUCUGUACUAAUCAAAAAAAAAUUCUGAUCUCCAACUUCAAAGAUGAGUAUUUUCAGAAUAUCAAGGAAUAAUAUUGAUUAUCAUCAUAUGUUCCCAGGCAACAUUCCCAACAGCUGAUAACUUCAAAACAACCUAUCAGUGUCUGAUUAGCUUCAAAAAUUUAAAAGCUGAAAGUGAGAAAAAUAAAUCAACAAACAUUCUUUCAAA